AUGGCUCCUGUUGAGGUCAAAGACGAUUUUUACGCCGUUCUCGAGGUAUCGAACACUGCUACUUUUGAUGUGAUAACAAAGAACUAUCGACGAUUGGCAAAGAUCCGCCAUCCUGACAGAAAUAUUGGCAAGCACGACUCGAUAGCUGUUUUCCAAGACUGUAAGGCGACCCUGCAAAACGCCGAUCGUACGAUACAAUAUGGACAGAAAAAAGGGGCAACUGAAGAUAAAGCAAAGCAAAAAGAGGAUGAUGCGCGGCAGGAGCGUUUUAGGCGUUUGAACGUGACCAAGUCUAGAUACGACAGUGACAUCUUCGAAGAUCAGGUUGAUGAGGACUCAAGAAAGGAGAGAGAACGGAAUGGCUGGUGGGCAUACAUGACUUCGCCUAAUUAUGGCAAGGUGGACGAAACAGUGGAGCAGAAUCAAGCGCGGGAAAGCGCACGUCUCCAUAGACUGGCCAGUAAGAGCAUCCAAGGAAGCGAGUUGCGAGACAAGGAGGCCAAACUCAAGAGGCUACAAAGCGCGCUGCAAGAUGUGAACAGCCAGAUUGCCGUAGAGAAGCAGAAGGUGGAACACGCAGCAUCGGCACAAAUAAGGGAAAGGAAAGCUACGAAAGAAGCGCGCGAAGCUCAAGCGGCACGGGAGGCCCGAGAGGCACAAGAGCGUGAAUGGAAGGCCGCCAUGGCAGCAGCAGCGGAAAGACGCAGUAUGGAGGCAGAAGAGCGGAGACGAGCAAUGCGAGCAGCAGAAGAGGCAGCUCGGAAGGCUGAAGAGGCACAACGAUAUGUGAUGAAUGUGCGGGCUUGUGUUAGACUCGCUGGAGAUACUUAA